CUUACACUUUCGGCCCCUUUCUUCUUUUUCACUUUCGUGUCUCCCUCUCUUCCCUCCCACGCUUUCCCGGUCUUUGAUAAAACCCGGUGCCCCAUCGCAAAACCCUUAGCCCCUUCCCUCCAACCCCAUAAUAAACGGCCGCAGCAGAAUUUUCAGGCGGGCCAACUUCGGUAAAAUCGGCAGUUAAUCAGGUCUAGCUGUUGAACCACAACAAGCACGAAAAUGAAAAGGCUGCUGAAAUUGACAUGGCUGCGGUUGCGUAAUCUAGUAAAGAUACCUCAGCCAGUUCGAAUAUCAUUACGGGAUAAAGCAAUAGCAGUCGCAGGGAGAGUUUCUGUAGUCAAAGUUCGAGACUCUAUGCAGGUUUGUUGUCCUGUAUGCACAGAAGCGAUUUCCUCUCCACUUGACUCUGACGUGAAAAUGAUACUAGCAGUGCACUUGAGUUUAUGGCAUGCUGAGGAUGUUAACUUGCAAUGGGACAUUAUGCAGAAGAAGAAAGAUUCAGUUCUUCAUUUGCCUUCCUUAGUUGUUGGAGUAGGAAUAGCUGCUGGCGUUGGAGUACUGUUGACUUUUCUGGCAAAAAAUCGGGCUCAAGCUUUGGUAGGGAAUACAGUGAGACAACCGAGAUUCAAGGAAAGGUAGUGGUGCAUGACCUAUUGGCUUUGUACCAGUAGUGAUAUACCCUUUUACCUACUCGCCAUAUGGCAGGAUCAAUACCUCUUCCUUUAUUUGGCUAAAAUUGCCAAGUUUGUAGAGUUCACCAUUUUUUGUCAAAAAGGAAACUUGGAUUAUCGUAAAUUUUGAGGGGCCUGUGUAUGAAAAGGUUUAGAAGUGAGGACUUAACAUGUGUUUGUAAACUUUCUAGCGGUGAAUUAUGUAUCUCUUUUUGGGUAUACUAGCUCCAUAAUUUUGACA